UUGCAACAUUGAAUGUUGAUGAAGGCGGAGGAGGUUGAUGACGUCACAUGUUGACAUUUUCAAAAGUGGAGGAAUGUGGCGCUAGACUCGCUGCUAUAUUAUCUCGCUCUGUUAAGGUGACCCAUUGCUCAGUAGUAGAAUACUUAUACUACUUGAAAGGAUCCAAGUUAAAUCUCGGAUUCGAUAAUACCAUGGGAGGACUGACCAGCAGACACGUCGAGGUGAUGACAAAGGAGCCAGAGACACAAGGAACACCCAAACACACUCAUGUUCUGCCCUAUGACCCACGUUCCCCAUCAGAUUACAUAACAAGAACUCCCAUUACUCAGGUUGCAAACACUCCUGACAAAGGUUGUGAAGAUACUCCUCGAAUUUUUAAAGUGCUUUCUUUGGAUCCCCGUUCACCAAACACUGAAGUGACCCAUUGCUCAGUAGUAGAAUACUUAUACUACUUGAAAGGAUCCAAGUUAAAUCUCGGAUUCGAUAAUACCAUGGGAGGGCUGAUCAGCAGACAUGUCAAGGUGGUGACAAAGGAGCCAGACACACAAGGAACACCCAAACACACUCGUGUUCUGCCCUAUGACCCACGUUCCCCAUCAGAUUACCUAACAAGAACUCCCAUUACUCAGGUUGCAAACACUCCUGACAAAGGUUGUGAAGAUACUCCUCGAAUUUUUAAAGUGCUUUCUUUGGAUCCCCAUUCACCAAACACUGAAGAGUGCUACAGCAGGCAGGUGGGAGACCUAUCACUACACUUUGAGGAAAUCUAUUGUUAAGAACAUAAGAAAGAAGGAGCACUGCAGCAGGCCUACAAGCCCAUGUGAGGCAGGUCAAAGUCACCUAACAGUUGUAGCCGUGCAGGGAAGAGUGUGAAGAGGAUGACGUGAUACAAACAAACAGCCUUCCACGUGGGUCAGUGUAUACAUCACUCAGUUUUUCCUUCUUUUCAUCACCUCAUCUCAUCUGGAUAUUUAUCAUAGCAUCAAAAAGUAUAGGUGAUGCUGGUGAAGCAAGGAAGAAAAUUAAACAUGAACUACCCUAUAAAAUGCCCAGAAGUUGGUAAUUUGGCCAAUUUUACACAGAAUUCAACAAAUUCU